AUGCGUUCCUCCGCUCGUCCAGUGUUUUCCGUUCCUCUCCCGUCCCCGGCGGGCCGCAACAUCCAGGGAAAGCCAGGCGACGCGCGGGGAACUCCCGGAAGUACCAGCUGUGUGGAGCAUGCGCAGUGUCCGCGCCCUGCACGCCGUCCUAAUCGCCCACGGCUCAGCCGGCGCAGCAGCUUGCGCAGGCGCCGCGUCCAAGGGCUCCCCGCCCACCCCGUCCUAGCGGGCCACACCCCCUCAUCGCGGGUCAGAGGCCGGGGCGGCCGUGACGCGUGCGGAAGCGUCCCGCGCAGCUUCGGAAGCCCGCGAGCUGUGGAGCGGCGGCGGCCACGGCCGGGCGCCCCGACGGGAGGGGCCCUGGAUCGCUCGGAGCGGCCGAACCGGUGUGUCGCCGCCGCCGCCGGCGGCCCCAUGAGUCGGGGCACCAUGCCCCAGCCCGGAGCGUGGCCGGGCGCAAGCCGUGCCGAGAAGCCGGCGCGGGAGGCGGGGGCCGCGUCUCCGGGCCCCGCGAGAGCCGCGGCGCGGGAGGGCGGGAAGGCGGCGGCCGGCGGGCAGCCGCGGAUCGCGGUGCGGUGCCCAGCCGAGCAUGAGGAGGACAUGUAUCGUGACGCGGAUGAAAUAGAAAAGGAGAAAGAAUUACUUACACAUGAAAGAGGGUUAUCAGAAGCCAGACUGAGUGUAGCUCCUGAAAUGGACAUCAUGGACUACUGCAAAAAAGAAUGGAGGGGAAAUACACAAAAAGCCACAUGUAUGAAAAAGGGCUACGAGGAGGUGUCUCAGAAGUUCACCUCCAUCAGGCGCGUCCGCGGAGACAAUUACUGCGCACUGAGGGCCACGCUGUUCCAGGCGAUGAGCCAGCCGGCGGCGCCGCCACCCUGGCUGCAGGACCCCGAGCUCACGCUGUUACCAGAAAAACUCAUAAGCAAAUACAACUGGAUCAAGCAGUGGAAACUUGGACUGAAAUUUGAGGGGAAGAGCGAGGACCUGGUUGAUAAAAUUAAGGAGUCCCUCACGUUGCUAAGGAAGAAGUGGGCAGGCUUGGCGGAACUAAGAACUGCUGAAGCAAGGCAGAUAGCUUGUGAUGAACUGUUCACAAAUGAGGAAGAGGAAUAUAGCCUCUAUGAAGCUGUAAAAUUUCUAAUGCUAAACAGAGCCAUUGAACUAUAUGAUGAUAAAGAGAAGGGAAAGGAAGUUCCAUUUUUCUCUGUGCUUCUGUUUGCUCGGGACACAUCGAAUGAUCCUGGACAGCUGCUAAGGAACCAUCUAAACCAGGUGGGACACACCGGUGGCCUUGAGCAGGUUGAAAUGUUCCUUCUCGCUUACGCUGUGCGCCAUACCAUUCAGGUGUACCGGCUCUCCAAGUACAGCACUGAAGAGUUCAUCACGGUCUACCCCACCGAUCCGCCCCUGGACUGGCCGGUGGUGACGCUGAUCGCCGAGGAUGACCGGCACUACAACGUCCCUGUCAGAGUGUGUGAGGAGACGAGUCUUUGAGGGACGCGCCCGGACAGCCUGGCCACGCGGCCAAGGACCGCGGGCAGCCCCUUGGCUCGGGCCUUGGGUCUCUGGGUCUCUUACUUAGAUGGACCUGGGGGAACUCCUGGGCCCUGUGAGCCAAGCUGGACUGGGCUGUUCUGAAGACAGCUUUUGAUAGGAAUUAACCAAGUGUUUUCCCUCAUCUUUGAUGCAGUAUGUUUCAGGGGGGCCUUCAGAGCACUUCUUUUGGAAGGUACAGACUACAUCUUCUCCAUAACACAGGUCUUUUGUAUCAGAGGAGACUCAUUUUGGAGAGGAAUGUGUUCUUUAUGUCUCAAAAUCAAACUCUUUAAUUGUAAACUGGCUCUCCAUUUUUUCUAAGAUAGUAAGUGUCUAUUUCGGCGGUGAUGGGUCUCUACGGUGCCCUUCCUCUGGGAGGGAGUCUGUUACAGGCACAGUCCUAACAUCCUCUGCUAGUCUUGUUGAGCGUUGGUUUGGAUUUACAUAUUAAUUAAAGCUAUUCAAAGCAGAUUGUCUCAUAGAAUAUUAAAAACUGGGUCCAAAAAGGAGUUACUUAAAGGCUGGAGAAGGAGCCCCCGGAGGGACGUGACGGCGCCUGGAACUCCUGACUCAGAAUGUGACAGGUGCCUGAGGUCAUGGCCACACCUGGUCAGGUGCCUCAUGCAGGUGCUGCACUGUCAGCUGGGUGAGCACUGCUGGUAGUUGAGCUCUGGCGUCGGGCUGUUGAUUCUCCGUUUCAUAGAUGUGCCAUUUUAUAGUCAGAACAGCGCCAAGAUCCCCCUGCUCUUUUAGAGGAGGAAGCCAGGGCCUGAUGCACUCUCAUCUGAGUUCCAGGGGUGGGGGGCCUGGGGGGAGGGGGGCUGGACCUAGGUCUCCCUGUGCCCUUUCCAUGGGCUGUUUUUGAGGGUGCUUCCACUGCCUAAUUCGUGUUCUUGCCGGGGGAUGAGUCAUAGCAAAGUGUCUUAAGAUUUUUCAUGAGUAAGAUGAAGCAGAAGCAAGUACUAAAACCAAGUACGGAAGUGGGGCCGAGCUGCAUUGGCCUGUGAUUUGGUUUGGGAAGCCUGAGGGAGGAGGGAGUAUUCCUGGCAGUGAGUGAGUGCUGCCCAGAGGCCUGGUUGAACACAGUUAGGGCCGGAGUCAUCCACAAGGGGCAUGGGCUGUGUGUCUUGUCCCCCGGGGACCAGACACAUCACUCCAGGGCUGGAUCAGCAGCACCUGCAUGGGCUCAGCCUCUCUGAAGGUAUUCUCACCCUGAGGUACCAAGCUUUAUUUUAUAAUAAAGUCUUUAUUUGGUUCAAUUUAAUAUAGUUAAUAAGCUAUCACAUGUUUUUGGGGAGUGGCAAACCUUUUUAGAAAAUAUAAGUUUUGCUUUAUACUUAAAAUUCUUUUAAGAAAACUCAGAGGACAAACAAAAACUAUGCAGACUGUUACAUUAGUAUUUUCCCAUUACCUCAUCAGUAGUACUCACCACAGUUUGGGAGGUGUUUAUUCUUUAGAGUGAAUUGGGUUCUGCUCCGAAUGUGCGUGAAUGUGUUGGAGAGGCUUUGUGGUUUUCACUGUGAAAUGUAAUGGUGCCUCGAAUAAGGAGGUACCUAGAAGCCAAAUUAAAGUAAUAAUAAUGACUUCUUAUUGGCUUUGAUGUUUCAUUUUAGCAUUUGUAGUUGUACAGUAGGAAAUGCUUAGUGUUCAUUCUGGAACACUUUUUAGAGCACGGUUAAAAUGUUUCGGCACAAGGCAUUGGGGGUCUCUGUCGUCAGGGGGUUUCACUGAGUCUGACUGUUGGUCCAUACCUACUAUUCAACUUAAUAAUAUUCAUGACCAUCAUUACAUUUUGAAAAUGUUCUAAUCUUAGUGAACUUGAACUGAACUUUUGGGCAACUUAAUUGUUUACCUGCAUACUUUUUUCUUGUUCCUGUGUGUGGUAUUGUUAGGGCGUGUGGAGACUGUGGUCUUCACCACCACAAUGAUGCAAGUUUGAAAGCAUGUGUUUAGGUGGCUUUCUGACCCAAGGCCUUAUGGACUCUGCUCUCUGCCUGUCGUGCAGACUUAGUGGGAUCAGAGCAUCAGAAGGGCAGAGCUUUCAAGAAACAGUAUAAAUGAUCGGCCGACUUUAAAAAAUACCACUUCUUCAUUGUAACAUGCAACUUUAGUUGCCCAGAAUCUUAAGUCCAUGAAUCAUUCCUGGUCAUGGGCUGGUCAGGUGGCCGCAGCAGGGGAUAGAAAUUGCAUUGAGACCAAAAUGGAUGCAGGAUAAUCUACUUAGAGGGUUCUCUAAAAUGAUAGUGUUCUAAGAAAAGAGAGAGCACUGGUAACUACAUUGGGCUUACUUUCAUUCCCAGAGCUUAUUGCAAGAGUUCAGGGAUUUGGACCCUAUGGUCUUGGCAGAAAGAUGAUCUCCACCUUAAGCAGGCAUGACUUAACACCUUUGAGCUUAUUUAAGGCACACUGAAACCUGGAAGACUGUCCCUCUAGCAAGUUCCCUGGAAUUAACAUUGCUUCUUCAGGACCUCUUCCGGCUCCUCCCUCACCUGCUUAGCUCCUCCUGCAUACACAGCACGCACUGGUUUCACUCCUUCCUGCAUGUGGGAUGGCCAUGACCACAGGGGAAGACGAGAGGCCGAAGUGUGGGUUUGCACUUGUGCUCCAGACCUAGGUGGGGUUUGAUCUGAAUCUUCCUUAGAAUACAGCGUAUCAGAAAAUGUUUUAGACGCAUCGGACGGGAUUGACCCUGCUUUCCUUGUGGAGCCAUUGACACUGGUACUUUAUGUUCGCUAUUGAGUGAAGUAAGGUCUGAUGCAAGUUGUCAGGCAUUGCCUUGGGAUCCUUUCAUUAUUUGGUUCCUUCCAGUUGUAGGGCUUAGCAUGUAAAAAUCUCAGGCCACAUGAGUCUUAACACCUCUGUCAGAAGAAACAUCUUUUGUGGGUUUUUAUGUGCUUUUUUUUUUUUUUUUUAAGAGGCUGUGUUUUCCCUCCUGCCCUGCCGCCCCUCCCACCAAGGUGCCGUCUCACCUCUGUGUCUGUGGGCCGCUUCCCGAAGGUCUCCCGGAGAACAGCUGUUACGUGCUCUCUCUCUCUGGCCCUCUUGCUAUUGCUGCAGGUGCAUCGGACUCCAGUAGACUUUCCUGGCUGUCUACUCUUUCUGAUGUUAAAAUAACGUUUGAUUGUUUCAUUUUCUCUCUUUAUUAAGCAGUACUUUGUAGGUACUCCCCCUUGAAAGCCCAGAAGUAUUUUCAGAAGUCUACACCUCCAGGGAAUCCUGUUUGUAGGCCUCCAUAGAAAUAAAUGACUUUUUUAAAAAAGCCUGUGACUACUUAAAACACAAUGAAAAGGAGGUCCUCAGUGUGUGUGAGGUGCAUCUGAAAAGUGCGUGAAAGGCAUACAAUCCCCAUAUCAUUCAGCAAAAGGCAGGGCACAGUGUCAAGUAACUUAUAAAAGUGGCCCAAGGAACUGUAAGAAGUGAAUUGAAGAGGGAACUGAUUUUAGAGUCAAAAUGUCACUUAAAACAACAGGGGCGCCUGGGUGGCUCAGUUGGUUAAACGCCUGACUCUUGAUCUUGGCUCAGGUCGUUGCCCACGUUGGGCUCUGUGCCGGGUGUUAAGCCUACUUCAGAAUAAGACAAAAAGACAAAACAAAUGGCUGACAGAUCUCCUGGCCUAUGUUAUACGUGGAUGAAAAUCUGAAUGAGUAGAAGGACUUCUGUGUAUGGAUUCUGCAGAUCACUUUUCCUAAAAUGUAUGAAAUUCCCUGUUUCACGGAAGUACAAUGUUUAGUGCUUAACUCUUCUGGAAAACCCUGGUGAUCUCUUCUGGGGAGGUAGAGAGACCAGGGAGCCAGUGCUGAGUUGUGCAGAGAAAAGACAAAGGCAGCUGACGAUUAAGGCCUUUGCCAUUCAGUUAAUAACGUGAGGCCUGGAAAAGCCCAAAACAAAGUGGUCCAGCUGCCUGUGGCCACGGUGAAGCAGGGGUGGGAGCAGUAAGGGUAAGGUGGCCGCAGCCCUGCCUGGGAGGGGCCGGUGCACAUCAGCGGUCCGCACCCCGGUCCCUGCUGGGCCCAGCAGCACUGCGGAGGGCCUGAGGGCGGUUGUCCCACUUGUCUUGUUUCCGUGGUAAAUUGAAAUAGUUACUAGGAACGGUGGAAUGGGUUAGUUCAGUCCGGAACUAUAGAUGUGUUCAUUGCACUGAAGUACCAUAUCAGCAAACCAUUUUAUCACAUAAUGCCUCUGUUCCCAGGCCUAUGGCCACCUGUGUAUUUAGAUAUUUUGAAUGCUCAGGACUAGCCAGGGCUAUUCAUGGAGGAGAACCCCAGCUGGAGUUUUGUUUCAGUCACCUUGAUUUCUUGGGUGUAAGUCUGCGUCAGGAAUGAAAUCGUCAGAACAGGGUUAAUACAAGGAAGGAAAGGAUACGGGGCUCGGAAUAUCUGUGGUCUUGGCGGUCAUUCUCCUAGUAACCAGGGGUGGUUGAGCUUAAUUGUGAACUUCAAAAUCAUUUUUUUGUACUUAGGUUUUUAAGAGCUUUUCUAUAAUAAGAAACGCCUUGAUCUCUAUGCCUAGAAAUGGUGCUAACAUGUGGUACCCUUUACAGGAGCUCCCGCAGUGUGCGGACCGCCCAUCACUUCGGAGUGUUUCCAUGUGGGCACAAAGCCAAACCGAAUGUAUUUAAUGAGCUCCCUCCUCAUUUCCGUUGUUCUUCUGAGAAUGUUUUGGUAUUGUUACCUGCAUUUUAGCAGCUUCUGACUUUCUGUUUGGUGAAUUUGGAGAGGAUAAGUCUUCCUUCCCCGGGGGCUGGGCUGUGCUGGGCGCAUGGCCGGCAGCUUGCUGGGUGAGCCUGGCCCUACUCAUCUGGGCCUGCUUAGCAAAGUCUCCUCUGUUUACACUGUAAAAUGUCAGCAUUUGUCAAAAACCUGUUUUCUGAGGAACGUGCUCCUGAGGCUCCAGUCCGUGUGGGGCCGUACUUCCCACCUACAUCUGUGGCGGGGUACCUGGCUUGGGGUUGGGGGGGGUUCCCCCUGUGACUUGUUGACUCAGGUCUUCACUGGUGGAGUCUGAGCCGACUCAGGGCUUCACUGUUGAUCCCCUUUAGCAAACCUGGCCACUGAGGAUUGUACACAUAAAUAACCAAAAAUAAACGUAGAAAAUAAAAGA